GGCUAUACGUAAUGUCCAGCUGACUGACCCUUCAAGCACCUUCAAGCGUGCAGGGAACAGCGGGGUCUACAUCAGCUGACCUCUGUGGUCACUUUCUAUGUCCUUCCAUGUCCUUAUGCCUGGCUAUUGUGGGCUUGUUCCGUUGUUAUGCAAAUGUCAGACAAGACUAAUGGAAUGCAGGAUAACGAUUUGGACGAUAGAAUACUACGGGUAGCCACAGAGAUUCCUGAAAAGCCGGAACUCAUCAGCUGUUGUUUACUCCAAGAAUCCUUCCGUGUCACCAGCGUGCUAGGGAGGUUCCUCGGCGGAUUUUCUCGUCAGUGUUGACUGAAGGACUGAAGACAGAAAUCCUACCGCAAUUUUGACGACCGGACACAGCGCCCUGGAGAUCAGACCUUGCCCCAGAUGUCGGAAGACAGCCCUUGACCUACAUUGGACUUCACCCAGAUGUCUACGGAGAUAACGCGUGUGCGUAUCUCAGAAAAAUGAUAAUCUGAUUUCGGGCAAGGACGUGGCUAAACCCUGCCAAAAUCUGCACUUGCAGGACUGGAAAAUAUGAAGAGAGGUCUGUCCGAGAAUGGAGUGGAACGAUAGGUUACGGCUGCUGCUGUGUGGGCCCCGGGGGAAGGCAUGGCUGGUGUGUGUAUGCACGCUGCUGACCUACACUUCAGUCAUCGGCACCAUGUUGAGUUUCGGGGCCUGGUUCCUCAAACUAGAGCGGGAGUUUGGCACCAACACCACGGUCAUCGGAUGGAUCGGGUCUGUGACGUACGGACUGCUGUGCCUGGCUUCACCGCUCUCAACGCCUCUGUUCCUGCGUUUCGGCCACCGUAAGGUGGCGCUUGGCGGCGUUGUCCUCUGCAGUGCGUCUCUUCUCACCACGUCUUUCGUGCCACACAUCGCCUACAUGUUCGUCACCUAUAGCCUCCUGUACGGCCUGGGAGCCAACUUUGUUUUCAAUGCCUCCAUCAACCUGGUGGGGGCGCACUUUCAACACAGGCACCGCAGUCUGGCAACAUGUCUGGCGUCAACCGGCUUCGCUUUUGGUACACUUGUGAUGAACCCUUUGACGGAAGCCAUUCUUUCGUCAGUUGGCCUCAGGAACACCUACCGAAUCCUUGCUGCCAUGAUACUGGUGAAGGGUGUUCUUUGUUGCUGUGCCUUUGUAGCGCCACCAGACGAAAAUUCCAAUACUGCAAGUGACGAUUCCCACGACCAUCCCCAUGAACACAGUGCAUUAGCGAAGCCUGGCGACAUGGAAGAUGUUGCAGCUACAGAAAAGUUGAUGGAACAGAUAGACACACCAGAAGACGAAAAUUCGCCUGUGACAAAUUCUACCUCAGCAAAGGAAGGAACAGAAAACAGGAAAAAUCUUUUCCAAAGCGUCUUCAGGAAACAAGUGUGGACCAACCCUGGCUUUCUUUUCUGGAUUCUUGCAAACGUGGUGCUCUGCUUGUCGCUGCUUUUCCCUUUCUUUCAUUUGGUCAAGUACAUGACAACUCUCGGCAUUCCUGAGAAGCGCGGUGUGAUCGUGGCGUCCGUGGCGGGGUUCGCGGAGUUGGCCGGGCGGCUGCUGUGCGGAGUGCUGGGGGACAUCCUUCCGUUCCCGAAGGCCUACCUGUUCCCCGCCGCUGCCCUGGUCAUGGCCGUGGACACCUUCAGCUGCCUCCUCAUCACAACCUUCACCGGCAUGAUCAUAUACGCUUUCGUGAUUGGCCUGUGCACGGCCAUAAUAACCUGCCUGGUGUACGUGGUGAACUCGGAGCUGUUCGGGCUGGAGAACGUGGACUCCACCUGGCCCUUCUCCAUCGGCUCUCAGGGACUGGGCGGAGUCGUCGGCCCGACCAUCGCAGGUGCAAUAUACGACCGUACAGGCACAUACAGCACGCUAUUUUACGUGGGAGGCGGGCUACUCUCCCUGUCGUCUGCUAUGCUGCUGGCCGCCAUCUUGCUCAGGAACGCCAGGCCAUUGACGGAAGUGACGUCACCCGAUUCGGGGCACCUGACGCAAAACAUCGUCUUAGGAAAUGACCGUUGCCCCACGUUUCAAAUAACGGAGAAGGUCACUACAGUGUAGCGAUGAUAUAGGAGGUGAUGUAUGGUUGGGACGAGAAAGGGUUAGUAUCUAUCAGUCCUGUUCGAUCCGGAAAAAAGUUCAUCGACCCGAAUAGGGUAGAUGACUGUUCAGGAGACCUAGCUUACAUCCUAUAAAGCGUUUUCACGCCAAAUAAAAUCUUUUAAGUAACUAACAGAAGAAAAUACCAGAAGAAAGUAUAAAAACCAGUAGAAUUGUAAAAACACCGUUCACGCUUGAAAUACGGCUUGAAAUGCAAAUCAGGGACACCAAUAUGGCGGUCAGCGCAUGCCCACUUUGAUAUUGAAAUGAAGUGAAAGCACUCUUUCGCUCCCGAGAAUUUUAAAAGCAAGGAGGCAGGCUAAGACAUCAUAAUUACCCUAUUUUGGUCAAUUUAUAUAGCUUUUCCACUGGAAGGUCUGGUAGAGAUUACAGGAUGAGGUGGUGGGCUGUCGGUGCCUUAUCUUACAAACUCAGGGGUAUAGUUGCAAUCCAUUGAUUAGUUCUCCCCGCCGAAUCAUGAAUUUGAAGUAGAAAAAUAAACUGAUCAUGACUUCAGGCAAUGGAUAAGACUAUCUAGAGAGAUCCUUGCCGUCUAAAAAAGAAGUUGAUUAGUGAGACCGAAACGUUUUGUCCUGUCAAAACGUAGUGCUAUUCGUCAAGAAAUACGAGUACUGACGACGACGACGACGAAUCAAACAAAACCAAGUUAUGUGUGUGUUGAACUUCUUGAAUCUCAGGAAUAAUGUGUCACCUACAGGGAUGUGUUGUCAUGUCCAGCAUAUACGCACAAAAACAGUGUUUUGCGCUUUAAGUUGCAUGUAAUGACCCCAGUUGCAAUGUCAUAAUCUUGCUAAUAGCGGAGAUUAUCAAAUUACUGUGUCCAUCAGUACACAAAUGCUAAGCUACUUAGUUACCAUAAAAAGAAUUUUAUUCCCAGAUAUUAUUAAUGACAUGAUUAAUGUUACUAGUACAUUAUAGUGACUAACGUUAUAUCGUCUAUCUAGUAAUGUAGGUGAAAUGCAAUAUAUGUAUGAUCGUGUACACACGAAAGUGUAACUCUAUGUGCAAAUUAUGGACAUCAUUAUUUCUUAAGGUUAUGACAUCAUAUUGGUGCUGUUAAUCCAUAUCAUUCAGGUUGUAGCCUUCAGACAUGGAAAGUUAAGUACUUAUUGGAGGAGGUCAUUAAUAAUAGUAUUACUAAUUGUUGCUCAAUGUUUACUAGUAUUCCGAAACACGGUACGAAGCUGUAGCUUUCAUGCGAUUGUUUUGGGAAGAAGCAAAACUCUAUUGAAUCGAUGUACCUUCUAAAAAGAAGUCGAAUAUAUGGUGCUAUGUGAACAGUUCGAGCUACUCAUAAUAAAGACUAUAGGUCAUCACUUCACAGAAAUGAGCUGAAUGGUUAGUGUCAGAAUUGCAGAGCAGGUGUCAUGGCGGUCUGCCCCGAGGCACGCCGGGAACGGUGAUACCAGAUACCGUGCCUGCACAAGAGUUGUACUUAUCAGGACGCCGAAAAAUGCAAUUAAGUGGAAAGUUAUGCCAAUUUUCCAUCGUAUUUAGGCCUUUAAUAAUAGUUAUGAUACAUACGGCCUUCCCUUUACAAUCUGGGUCAAGCAAUGUGCGAUUGUUGUCUUGGGGCCUGAAGGAGGAUUUGUGCACGUGCGAUAGGUAUAAUCAUUAUCCUUGAGGACUGCAAUUUUCUGUGCAUAAACGACGAAGCAGCAAACCGAGCAUUCUCUUUCGUAAUUUAAAAAAAAACUGAAAAGAUAACAUCACAAUUUUGAGGAAUCAUACUCUCCCCAUGCCCAACUUUUCGAUAAUAGGUGACAUGUAGAUUAUAUACUAUCAAAUCGCGUCUGACUGAUGGAUUGCGUUUUACUCUGAGACUAUACGGGUUAGUAAAUUGUAUUGUAGAAAACAUUAAAAUCAUAUGAAAUGUGUCGCCCUGACCACUAAAUUGGACGAUAAUUUGAGUAAAUGACACCUUUCUCUAUGAGGGUCUACACCUAAUUCCCUCACCACUGGUACGAAAACUGUGAUAUUUGCAAAGUCCCAGUGGAGCCAUAAGACGAUUUGUGUGUGAAGAGUUCACACGUUGCAUUUAGGACCUUCCUUUGUGAUCAGGACGGCGUCAACUUUAGUAGGUUUCAGUUGUUAUAAGGCUUUGUGUGGUAAGGUGAUAAUAAUGCUCGAGGUGCCGUAAGACUUCAGGUGUAUUGAAAAUCCAGGUGCAGUAAUGUUUCAGGUGCUUAAACACCUAAGGUGGGGUAAGACUUCAGAUGCAAGAAAAAGUCAGAUGCAGAAAUAACGCUUCAGGUGCACAGAUGUUUAAGAUGUGUCAAGAGGCUACAUGAACAUGCAUACAGUACGGGGAAGCAAAUCAUAUCGUGAGAUUUUUUGACUUGGCUUUAGACUGGUCUUUCUUUUUACGUAAAAUAUUUACAGACGAAUUCAGAACCAAUAGCCCGCUCUAGAUAUUAUCUGUAUAUAUUCAGUAUCCCUUUCUCUCGUAUCUAGGUAUACCUUUUCCUCGAUACUAUCACUGUUAACUGUUUCGGUUGGGAUGAGAAAAAAUGGCAUAAUAAUAGAGUAUG